CAAAAUUAUAAAAAUAAUGGAAUCAAGUGACGAUAAGGUUGGCUGCGUGCAGUCUAUUCUAGUAGUCCUAGAAGGCCUGAAUGAUGAUUCUUCCAUCAUCACAGGCCUAGAAAUCUUAAUAAAGCUGAUUAAGAACAUACUAAAGUCUCCUCAUGAAGAGAAAUUUAGAAACAUUAAGAAGACUAACAAGGCUAUUUCCACAAAGCUGUUGUCCCUCAGUGGAAUCGAAGAUUUGAUCCUCGCCCUUGGUUACAAAGAUGAUAAUGAUGAGUUCUAUGUAUUCGACAUUGACAAGUACUCUGACCUCUACAAACUAAAGAGAGCUAUCCAAGAGUUCCACGAUGAGAAAAGAAAGAAGUACAUGACUCCAGAAGAACUUGAGAAAUUCGAAAUCCUCCAAGAGCAGAAGAGAAAGUUCUACGAAGAUAACAAGAAAAAGGCUAAAGCUCGUAAAGAUCUUGAGAAUGGCAUGAAGUUCGACCGUGAAGAGAAGAAUCAAGAAGAAAUCAAGUCUUCUAAGGCUAAUCACCUAAACUUUGGAGCUAAUGUGGUUAAAUUCCAACCACCAGCUCCAGCCUCUCGUUGAGGUUAGAUGCCCUGCUCCGAUGUCCGGAGUGGGAAUACCUUAAAUCAAGGGAAUCUGAGAUUGGUUGAGAGAAAUGGAGCCAAUAGGCAAUUAUGAUAAUAGUUGAGCAAACCUUUGAACUCAUCUAUUUGAACCCC